AUGUCUUUCACACAAGACAAGAUGGACGUCUCCGACUCCAAUCCUCUUGAGGGCACCCUCUCCGCUAGUGUUGAGAUGCCGUCUUCUGCUUCAGGAGGGAGGGCACCUGUGCCAAGGGUUGGCCUUCCUAACUUUGACGACGACAAUGUUGGCAUGGGUGAAGAUGAUGGCGUUGCGACUGCCUCUGGCAACGACAAUGCUAACAUGGGUACGACCACUGUCGAGCUUGCAGACCUGACUCCAGGCCAGCAAAAUCUGAUCAUGGCAAACAAGCCUGAGCUCUACAAAGUAGACGAGAUCACUGAUUUGAGUGAUGUUUGCGCGCUUCGAGGCUGUGACGUACCUUCUGGGUGGAGUACUACUUCUAACAGACGAGCAUGUGUCAUAACCACGCGCAAGAACAUGGAUGGCAACGCCAAUGGCAAGGGUACAUUUUUGGGAUCUAGCAUCGACUUCUUCAAGACCGAUACUCAGGGCCAGAAGACGAAACCUUCUCUUGAUCGCGUAUUUGUUUUCUUCCAUACCGACACACAGACGCCCAGCAUCGAAAUCACCACUCGCUGCAACGGUCUUGAUGCUGACCAGCAGGAUGGAAUGAUUUCCACACACAUUUGUGCGCAAGAUCUGCGAAUCGAUAACAAGACAAACGAGGUGAUGUUUUGUGUUCGCGAUCCAUCAGACGCAGUAACGGCGCCAGCCAGGUUCGUGACAAACGGUGAGAAUCCUGGCAAUGCCGAUGUAGAAGAGUUGGAGUCCCUUCACAAGCGGAAAGAACUCUUCGAGAUCACCGUUGUUCUCAGGACAGACAGGUCAGCCACGACGUGGGCAGGCCUCGACCGCGACACUGCGAACAAGGCUUCCGACGGUACCGCAACCACGCAUGCGGGUGGAGCCAGCACCGCCACACGAGAUCUUUUAAUCGGACAGAUGGGGCGGCAAGAUACCAACGUGAUCUCAUUCUUUAUGCAUACCACGCCUGGCAUGAUCGACAAAGUGAUCCAACAGGCGACGUACAUGAGGAAACUCUUCUCUGUCGCAGCUCAGCACGGUAACUUCUGGUUUUAUCGCAAUCAACUGAAAUUGAACAAAGUUAGGCCAGAUGCGUUAGAUGAGCUUGAGCUUCCCAAGUUCAAUUUCGAGGUCCCACGCUGGCUCGUCACUGAGUUCCGGUUCGACACCACCGUGAAUGCAUCGGGCGAGACGGUGUACUCGAACCCUCAGCCUUGUCGGUGGGAUCACUUCAACCUCUCAUUGGCAUGGCGAAAUCCCGACGAAGCUGCUUUCCUCUUGAAGAUGGGUAUCGAAAGCGAGCGCAGGCGGCAGACCCGCGAACUGAAGGAGCUUGCCCAAAGCGAUAAGCCCUGGUUCAGAGGCAUCUUUACAGAGAUCGAGGAUUCUUCCGGCCGCUAUAUCUGUGAAGUUUUCUUAAACGACGAGAGUGUGGCCGAAAACCUCAAUGUCAAAAUGCCGGCUGCGGGUACCCGCAUCAGGAUCCGAGUUGUCCCCAAAUCCCUGAAGCGGCCUAACAAUGCUUCAGCCUUGUCGUAUUUUGGAAGCGUCACAACCGAUCCAUUCCAUUCGGGUGCGGCGUUCUUGUGCGUUCUUCACGGGCCAAAGGGGAUUGCCAAUGCCCCACUACCAGUCUACAUUAGCUAUACAGUGGAUGACGUGCCUUACGAGCGCCAGAUGGAGGCAGUCAAGCAGAUCCAGGAGAUCAAAUCCGGGUUUAAACUGGAUGGCAUUGAUCUCAAGAACCUCUUCUUGAACGAUUCAAACGUCGCUGACAAGACAAAUUAUCUGAUGGGGAAAAUUGACCUUGCUGCUUUCAAAGACAUGGUUGCGAAGAGACCCAAGCAAAAGCUGCCAAACAAGUCACAGAGCGCAGCCAUCAUCAGCACCGCCACCUCCAAGACCGGCCUGACGGUUGUCCAAGGUCCUCCUGGUACAGGUAAGACAGAGACAAUGAAGACCAUCGGUAUGGCUAUGCUGCUCUGUGGCAUCAUGGUGAUGUAUGCAGCAUCGACAAACGCUGCUGUUGCGCAUCUCGCAGAGUCGUUUGACAAGUCUUGUCGUGAAGAGGGCUGGCUCUUACCACAUGAGUAUGUUUUGUUCACUGGAGCAUACGUGAAGAUUGAAGCAGCGGAGAGGCACGCGCUUCAUAAGAGCAUGGCAGAGUCUGAGGAAGCGAACGUCACUUCAGCGAUUGAAGACGAGAACACCAUGCAGCAAUUUGCCAGAACUGCACUGCUGUCGACGUCAACCAUAGAUCCGGCAUUGACAUUUGGAACCAAAUUGAGGCAAAGGAUCCAGGUCUGGGCGGAGACGUCCGAGACCGACGGCCAUCCAAUGCGAGGAAAAGCUAAUGCAUACCUCCGCGAUUUGAAGCAGCUUCCGUUCGAACCAAAAGAAUCGAAGACGGCGCUGGUUGAGCAGUUGGACAACUACGAAUACAAUUUCGGCCUCUGGUACCUGGAACACGAAGUCAAGGCUGUUUUCUGCACCCUGUCAUCGUCAGCGCACGAGCUCCUCACUCGAGCCUUCCGACCCCAAGAGCUCAUCAUCGAUGAGGCUGCGCAAGCGUCUUUUGCUGGACUCGCAACGGCUGCUGGUGCGUAUAAAGACUGCAUCAAGCACAUCACGCUUGCGGGCGAUCACCACCAGGGUAAACCCAGCUUCGCAGCAGGUGAUUCGAACGUGGGACACGGUAUGCUGUCGCGCAACCUCUUCCAAGAGAUUGCCGAAGACAGAAACAAACAGCACCAGUUCAUCGCACUUGAGACUUCUUAUCGGUGCGUGCCCGAGCUUCUUGGUUUCACCAAGGGUCUUUAUAAAAACCUGAAGGCUGAUCCCAGCUGUGGUCGCCUGGAGCCACAGUUGCAGCAGACACUGCGAGCCUUCUGGAAAACGCAUGUUCGAGACAGCUUCAAGGGUUCUGCGCUGCAAGUCGCUAUUGACAUUAAGGGCUCACACACACGGCAUCGCGGUACCACCACACUGGAGAACAUCUCCGAAGCGAAGGCUAUCGCUCAUACUGUGAAGGCCAUGCUUGCCUUCAAGCCCCCAGAGGGCGGCCGCCAGAUCGUCCCUGCAGACAUCGCCCUCCUCGCUGCAUACACAGGGCAAGUCCUCGCCAUCCGGCACGAGCUGCGUCGUGUACUCGACAGCGCCACCGCCGCGCAGAUCAAGGCCACCACGACGACCCACGCGCAGGGCAGCGAGUGGAACAUUGUGCUAAUCUCGUGCGUCAUAAAUCUAGGUCUCGAUCGCGUGCCGCUCGACACCAAGUUCCCCAUCGGCUUCGUCGCGAACCGGACGAGCAUCAACGUCGCGUUGUCCCGCGCACGAGUGGGCCGAUAUAUCUUCGGCGGACUGCAGGUCAUGGUGCAGAUGCUGCUGGACAAGCAUCCGGCCGCCCACCACAAGUACAGGGCUUUCUUUGAGCACCUCAAGGCGCUUAGUGAGGCGGACAAUGUUGUCACAGAUAAGGAGUGGCAGCAUGCCAUGAUGACUGGCACACGACCUCCCCAAGACGCUGGUUUUGCUCGACCGAAAGAGUUUAGUUUGGGUCUCGUGCGGCCAUCUAAGAGCAAGGUCAACAAGUACCGUCGCGGCGGUUGUGGUGGUAGUGGCAGUCGCGGCGUUCGUGGCGGUCGCGGUGGACGUGGUGGUCGUGGUAGUUAA